UCCCCAAAGCCAUUUUAGUCAAAGGUCAUGUGUGAGUCUUGUCAAAGGCCAGCUUCCAAUGGAAUCAUUGUCCCCCGGGACAGCGGCCCCCUGACUACAUCUGCAUUGGAGAAAUCCCAAAAGCAAACGGCCCAGUGCAAACAAGAGCAGCCCGGGGCAGCCGUCCCGGGGCAGAGCUCAGAGCGGAGGCCGAGUCCACAGCGCCCGGGCCGGAGCAGCCCCGCAGACGGCCGCAGCAUGAGCCGCCGAGCCGAUCGGGUAAUAUCCCUGUUCACUUUUGCUGUUGGGGUCAAUAUCUGCUUAGGAUUCACAGCAAAUCGAAUUAAGAGGGCAGAAGGAUGGGAGGAAGGCCCUCCUGCAGUGUUAUCAGAUUCCCCCUGGACCAACACCUCUGGAUCUUGCAAGGGCAGAUGCUUUGAACUUCAAGAGGCUGGACCCCCUGAUUGUCGGUGUGACAACCUGUGUAAGAGCUACAGCAGUUGCUGCCAUGACUUUGACGAGCUUUGUUUGAAGACAGCUGGUGGCUGGGAGUGUACUAAGGACAGAUGUGGAGAAGUGAGAAAUGAAGACAAUGCAUGCCACUGCUCGGAGGACUGCUUGGCCGGAGGAGACUGCUGUACUAACUACCAGGUGGUUUGCAAAGGAGAGUCACAUUGGGUAGAUGAUGACUGUGAGGAAAUAAAGGUCCCAGAAUGCCCUGCAGGGUUUGUUCGUCCUCCACUUAUCAUCUUCUCAGUGGAUGGUUUCCGUGCAUCAUAUAUGAAGAAAGGCAGCAAGGUCAUGCCUAACAUUGAAAAACUAAGGUCUUGUGGCACCCACUCCCCCUACAUGAGGCCAGUGUACCCGACAAAAACCUUCCCUAACUUAUACACUUUGGCCACUGGGCUGUAUCCAGAAUCACAUGGAAUUGUUGGCAAUUCAAUGUAUGAUCCUGUAUUUGAUGCCACUUUCCAUCUUCGAGGGCGAGAGAAAUUUAAUCAUAGAUGGUGGGGAGGUCAACCGCUGUGGAUUACAGCCACCAAGCAAGGGGUGAAAGCUGGGACAUUCUUCUGGUCUGUGGUCAUCCCUCACGAGCGGAGGAUAUUAACCAUCCUGCAGUGGCUCACCCUGCCAGACAGCGAAAGGCCUUCAGUCUAUGCCUUCUAUUCCGAACAACCUGAUUUCUCUGGACACAAAUAUGGCCCUUUUGGCCCUGAGAUGACAAAUCCUCUGAGGGAAAUUGACAAAACAGUGGGGCAAUUAAUGGAUGGGCUGAAACAACUAAAGCUGCAUCGCUGUGUAAAUGUCAUCUUUGUUGGAGACCAUGGAAUGGAAGAUGUCACAUGUGAUAGAACUGAAUUCUUGAGCAAUUACCUGACUAAUGUGGAUGACAUUACCCUAGUGCCUGGAACACUAGGAAGAAUUCGACCCAAAUUUAGUAAUAAUGCUAAAUAUGACCCUAAAGUUAUUAUGGCUAAUCUCACGUGUAAGAAACCCGAUCAGCACUUUAAGCCUUACAUGAAACAGCACCUCCCCAAACGUUUGCACUACGCCAACAACAGAAGAAUUGAGGACAUCCAUUUACUGGUAGAACGCAGAUGGCAUGUUGCAAGGAAACCUCUGGAUGUUUAUAAGAAACCAUCAGGAAAAUGUUUUUUCCAGGGAGACCAUGGAUUUGAUAACAAGGUCAACAGUAUGCAGACUGUUUUUGUAGGUUAUGGCCCAACUUUUAAGUACAAGACCAAAGUGCCUCCAUUCGAAAACAUUGAACUUUACAAUGUUAUGUGUGAUCUCCUGGGAUUGAAACCAGCUCCUAAUAAUGGGACCCAUGGAAGUUUGAAUCAUCUCCUGCGUACUAACACUUUCAGGCCAACCAUGCCGGAAGAAGUUACCAGACCCAAUUAUCCAGGGAUUAUGUACCUUCAGUCUGAUUUUGACCUGGGCUGUACCUGUGAUGAUAAGGUAGAGCCAAAGAAUAAAUUGGAGGAACUCAAUAAACGCCUUCAUAUAAAAGGGUCUACUGAAGCUGAAACCAGAAAAUUCAGAGGCAGCAAAAAUGAAAUCAAGGAAAACGUUAAUGGAAAUUUUGAACCUAGAAAAGAGAGACAUCUCCUUUACGGACGGCCUGCGGUACUUUAUCGGACUAGAUAUGAUAUCUUAUAUCACAAUGACUUUGAAAGCGGUUACAGUGAAAUAUUCCUAAUGCCACUCUGGACAUCAUACACUGUUUCCAAACAGGCUGAGGUCUCUGGGAUCCCGGAACACCUGACCAGUUGCGUCCGGCCUGAUGUCCGUGUUUCUCCGAGUUUCAGUCAGAGCUGUUUGGCCUACAAAAAUGAUAAACAGAUGUCCUAUGGAUUCCUCUUUCCUCCUUAUCUGAGCUCUUCACCAGAAGCUAAAUAUGAUGCAUUCCUUGUAACCAAUAUGGUUCCCAUGUAUCCUGCUUUCAAACGAGUCUGGAAUUAUUUCCAAAGGGUUCUGGUGAAGAAGUAUGCUUCAGAAAGAAAUGGAGUGAAUGUGAUAAGCGGACCUAUUUUUGACUAUGACUACGAUGGCUUACAUGAUACACAAGACAAAAUCAAACAGUAUGUGGAGGGCAGUUCUAUUCCCAUUCCAACGCACUACUACAGCAUUGUCACCAGCUGCCUGGAUUUCACCCAGCCCGCCGACAAGUGUGAUGGCCCCCUCUCUGUCUCCUCAUUCAUCCUUCCGCACAGACCAGACAACGAGGAGAGCUGCAAUAGCGCAGAAGAUGAGUCCAAGUGGGUAGAAGAACUUAUAAAGAUGCACACAGCUCGGGUGAGGGACAUUGAACACCUCACCAGUCUGGAUUUCUUCCGCAAGACCAGCCGCAGCUAUCCAGAAAUUCUGACACUAAAGACAUACUUGCAUACGUAUGAGAGCGAGAUAUAACUUUCUGAUCCUCUGCGGUGCAGUCUUAUCAACUGGUGUAUAUUUUUAUAUUGUUUUUGUAUUUAUUAAUUUGAAACCAGGACAUUAAAACAAGUUAGUAUUUUAAUCCUGUACCAAAUCUGACAUAUUACGCCUGAAUGACUCCACUGUUUUUCUCUAACGCUGGCUUUAGGUAGUCUUGUGUUCUGAGUAGAGCUUGUAAUAAAUCCCGCAGCUUGCAUUUGUAGUGGAAGCUUCUAAAUGGUGCUGCAAAUUUGAUAUCUGCAUUGAGGAAAUAUCAAUUUUCCCAUGCACGGUUGCCACAGUUAGUCCUGUACUGUAUUGAAAUACUGAUUUUGUAAAGUUGCAUUCAUUUUACUGUUAAUUAUGACAGACAUAUUUAAGCCUUAUAGACCGAUUUUAAAUAUAAUAAAUCACACAUUCAGUUUU